UCAAAUCAUAGCCUUUACAGUAAACUGAAACCGUCUGAGAGGAUACUCUAAAAGUUCGGUUUCCUGAGUGUUCCUGGAACAAAAAAAAAAAAAAAAAAAAAAUCAAAACAACAGUGCUGGAAAUGUCUAACUUGCCAUUGACCCUUCUCUUCCUCUUCCACAGACAAAAAGGAAAGCCAUAUCUCAUGGAGAUAGAUGCCCAUAUCACCGCUGGACACACAGCAGCUGGAAGUCAGCCCCUGGAAAGAAAGUGUCUUAUCUCCAUAAACAGGGGCCUCGCUGUUUGGCCUCUCGACCCAGGAGGAUAAUGACCGAGUCUUGAUUUUGCCAUUACACACUUAAGUUGAAGGAGGUGGCUGUUGCUUGGUAAGCACAAUGGCAUCAUUGACCCACUGACCACCCUCUCCCAGCCAGUCAAUAGCAAAACAAGUCAUCACGAAAAAACCCUGUGGUCAGGACGUCCACAAUGACGAUCCCAUGGAGUUUCUGCAUGCCUAUCUGUCUCCUGUGUCAGCUUCUGGCUCUGAACACACACACUGCACAUUCUGCUCCAGAUUUCUCUGCAUACCUUCACACUAUCCUGAGGAACCACACUGCCCAUGCCUGUGAAGGGGACACCCUCAUCAUCAGGUGUCCCUCCAGGACCUCCGUGGCCGUCCUGUCAGCCUUCUAUGGACGACGUGUACCAAAUCAGCAUUUGUGUCCCUCUGCUAACACAAACAUGACCGCGGAUGAAGAUACUGAAUGUGCUUCCCCGGUUGUUAUUGAGAAAGUGCUGUCUGAGUGUCAGGAUAGGCGGUCUUGUCACAUUCCUGUUAUUAGUCCAGUGUUUGGACAAGACCCCUGCCCACUCACCACCAAAUACCUUCUAGUUUCCUACAAGUGCAGACCAGAGCACCACCGUACAAGGCUGGUGUGUGAAAAUGAGCGUCUGAAGCUGACGUGUAAAAACGACACAGUGCUCGCUAUCUACUCGGCCACGUUUGGACAUCUGCUGCACGGCAGCCCCAACUGUCCCCAGGAAACUGCGCCACACUCUGACAUGGAGUGUCUGUCGCCCUCGGCCCUGAGGAAAGUGUCCCGCAGGUGCCACGGCAGGGCCAACUGCUCAGUGCUGGCCGACACCCAGACCUUCGGGGACCCCUGCUUCCCGGGGACCAGGAAACACCUGCGAGUGUCGUUCACUUGUGUGCCCCGAUACCUUCUGGAAGAUGUGGGUCGCGGGUCGACGGAUCCUUUCAUGAUCUCAGACUACACACACGGUGGAUGGUACACUGGCCCCAUCUACAGGCCUCAAAACGUGCUCUUAACCAACUCUCUGGAGAUCAUUGAAAAAAUAUUGGGCCUCCCAGAGAAAGUGGCCCUGUACUUUGUCUCUGGCAUCUGCGCCGGCCUGGUGUUCCUGCUCUGUCUGUUCGGCCUGCGCUCCACAUUCAUGAGGGACGUGAAGGAUCUGGUUUCUGACCUGGGCGACGAGCUGAAGGCCUCUCGAAGGCAACGCAAGGACAUGAUGGAGGACCUGUACGACGGCGACAUCUCAGACACGUCCUCCUUCCGCCGUCUCACACAGUCCUACCGCACGGCAGACAUCUUCAGUCCCUCCACCAUGACAGUGGAGAUGGUGGAGCGCGAGGCGGAGCAGACGACGGAUGUGGCCAAUGGAGACAUCUGGCCGCACCGAGACUCCAGCCCUUACGCCAUCCACAAGAUCAAAGCCUACAACACCUGAAGGGGCCAAAGGUUUGGAGCCACUCCCAAAGAGCCCUUCAGAAUAAAAGCCUAAAUGCUGACUGAAAAUGCAGACAGCCAUUAGCCUGUUUUAUUAUUAAUCUAUGUUUAGUUUGACAAUAAAAGGAGUUAUUAAUGAAAGGUGGAAAUUAUAUAGGUGAAUUUUAAAAGGAAUUUAUAGAUUACCAAAAAUAAAUCGACCUAUUAAUAAAUGGCCUUUAUUUAUUGAUGGAUUGAUUUAUUCAUUUU